AUGCACAAGAGAGCACCUCUGUCAACUCCUCCCACUUCACCAGACGGCUCUCCCCAAAGGAAAUCCUCUGCUGUGGGCGCAGCGGGGACAGAGAGUCAUUGCCCAAGACCAAGGAGAACCGAUACCAAGAUUCUCCCAGCAAAGUUCAUCUCCGAUACUGGAGCGCUGAUACGUGCGUUGGCGGAGGAGCUGGGAGGUACGACUUGUUUUCACAUUGAAGUGUGUAGCAACGCCUACAACAUCAGGAGCACGACGGGUGAAGAUAUAGACAUGCGCGCUGUUGCAAAGUAUUACCACAGGUUCAUGUCCGAAGGCAAGUCUUCGCCAAGGAGCGUGUCGUCGUCAACGAGCGUGCCGUAG